AUGGAGGCUAUGGUCACGGUGGAGGAGGUUCUAGUCAAGGUUUUGGUCAUGGAGGACGAGGUCAGGAUGGGUUUGGUCAGGGUGUCUUUUAUGGACCUAAUGGCGGAGGAUCCGAUUGCGGCUUCGGUCAUGGUGGACAUGGUCAGAGUGGGUUUGGUCAGGGAGGUUUCUCUGGGCCUAGUGGCGGAGGAUCUGGUGCAGGAGGGUUUGGUCACGGUGGACACGGUCAGGGCGGAUUCGAUCAGGGAGGCUUCUCUGGACACGGAGGCGGACCAGGUCAGGGCGGAUUCGAUCAGGGAGGCUUCUCUGGACACGGAGCCGGACCAGGUCAAGGAGGCUUUGGAAGCCAUGGCUUCGGAAAUGGUGGACACGGCGGCUACAAAGAUCAUGGAUAUUAAAAAGAAAUUAUUUGAAAUUACAUGA